AUGCUGGCUUGGUCAUUCAUUUAAACUAUGACCACAGAUCCAGGGCAAGUUCCAGUAUUUUGGGGGUUUCAUUUAGGGGACGGAGAAAAUAAAAGAAGGAGAUAUUGCUUAAUGUGCAAUGUAUUCAAGCCAGAGCGAUGCCAUCAUUGCUCUGCAUGCAAUAGAUGCGUUCUCAAUAUGGAUCAUCACUGCCCUUGGAUUAAUAAUUGUGUUGGGUUUUGGAACAGAAAAUUCUUCCUUCUACUAUUGAUAUAUGUACUCUUAACAACUUAUUUCGUUGCAGUAACAAUGGGCUAUGAUUUUUUGAUGAGCAUUAAAUGGGAAGUUGAUGCUUACUACUUUAGUAGAACUGUUAGAGAGCAAUAAGUUUUAUUUAAAAACCUUGUGAUUUAAUUUAGCUAUAUCUUAAAUUGCAUGAUUGCAGUUCUAAUGACAUUUUUCCUCAAAUUUCACAUAUAUUUGGCAAGAUCAAAUAAAACUACGAUUGAAAAUCUUGAGAAAAAAGGAAAAGUAUUUAACAGUCCAUUUGAUUUAGGAGAAGCUAAUAAUCUUUAUUAAGUUUUCGGUAUCAACCCUUGGCUAUGGCCUUUCCCUGUAUUCUGCGGAUCAGGAAAACCUUAAGGUGAUGGAAUAUAUUGGAGAGAUUCAGUUACUGAGGAUGGUUCACCAGUAAAAAAAGAUGGAUAUUCCUAAAAAAGUUCAGCUUCUCCGAUGAAAUCAGAUGAUAAAUACAGUAAUUAAAAGAUGCAACCAAGUGCAAGUGGAAAUAUUUAACAUACAUUCAAUCAAAACUAAGCAAAUAAUUCAUAUAGAGUUAAUGCGACAGUUUAAAUGUAUCAGGGUGUUUAAAAUCAACCAUAUCAAAAUUAGAAUAUCACUUAAUAUCCUUAAUAAAACUAAUUUUUUGGCUAAUCUUAAAAUUCUCAGCAGCAACCAUAAGUGAUAGGUCAGGCUUAAAAUAGAAUCAUUAUGCAUGGUUAGGAUAAAGAUUAUAUGAAGAAAAAUCUAGAUGCAGCAAUUUUUAAACAAAACUAUAACAGAGCUUCUUAACUUGAUUAAUAGAUUAAAAAAGCAUAAGGACAAAGUAAUGCCUAGGCUAGUACGGCUCAAAGAGCAAGUAAAUUGAGCAAUAAUAGCAACAAUGUAGGAGUUAACUAUUAGCAAUUCAAUAGUGGAAAAGUUGACCCAAAGAAAAAAAGACCUACUGGUGCUGGUCAGAGAUGA